AUGGAGGAGUUCCAGGAGCCUGACAUCUUGUGGCCGGAGAACAUAUGCGACAAGGAAGCCAAUUCGGCGUCUCGGAGUGCGAGGGAGGGGCGCGGAACUCAGAGGAAGCUAUCCGAUCCCAUAAAGAUCCCUUCGCGAUCUGCAUACGCCAUCAGUGACAGCUGCAACGUUGAAGACGAUAACAGGAGCAGUGAUGGCAACGUGAUUCCGCCGCAUGUUAUUGUAGCUCGUCGGAUGACUGAGAAGAUGGCGUUCUCAGUGUGCAUUGGUAAUGGCAGGACACUCAAAGGAAGGGAUCUAAGUCGAGUCAGGAACUCCAUCUUGCAGACGACAGGAUUCCUAGAGACAUGA